UCGAACUUAGUCAACAAGUCACAGUCAACAUUAGUCAAUACAAGACUUGCAGAGAUUAGAUUCCUAUUCUAUCUAUUUGAAGACAGCUAUGGCUUCUCCAAUAUAUGAUCCGCCUACCCCAUGCAGCAACCCUAUCCCAGGCGGACUGACACCUGGUAAGAUGAUCUUCCUCAAAGGUCACAUUCCACACAGAGCCAACAGGUGGUCCUUCAACUUGCAAAGUGGGCCCAAUCCAGAAAGUGAUGUGGCGUUCCAUUUCAACCCAAGGUUUGAGGGAACUAAUCAAGUAGUGAGGAAUCACCGUCAGUCUGGCAGUUGGGGGCAGGAGGAGAGGCAGGGAGGGUUUCCAUUUGUACAGAACACAGACUUUGAGUGCAUUAUUCUGGUGCAGCAUGACUGCUACAAGGUUGCAGUCAAUGGAAAGCACUUCAUAGAAUUUAAACACCGAAUGUCUAAAGACAGGGCAACCUUCCUGAGAAUAGAGGGUGAUGUAAAAAUAAGAAACAUUGCUUUUCAAGGAGGCUCAGUUCCCUCUAUGCCACCAGGAGGAUAUGCUCCACCCACAGGGGCCUAUGCCCCUCCCAUUGGUGGGUAUGGCCCACCUCCUCAUGGGGGAUGGGCCCCACCCCCUUCAGGAGGAUAUGCGCCAUCUUGCGGAUUCAUUCCACCACCUGAAUUUAAUCCUCCUGGAACAUCUUUCCCAGGGAGUGGGUAUCCUCCCCAGCCAGUUUAUAACCCAAGAGUACCCUACAGCCAACACAUCCCAGGAGGGAUGUAUCCUGGCAGGAUGAUAUUCAUCAGUGGCACCCCAAACAUGAACCCCUCCAGGUUUCACAUCAACCUGCAGUGUGGUCAGCACAGCGGCUGUGACAUAGCUUUGCACUUUGAUGUCAGGUUUAGCUAUGGCAGUAAUUACAAUGUGGUGGUGCGCAAUUCCCAACAAGGUGGAGGCUGGCAAAAUGAGGAACGCUCUCAUCCAUACUUCCCUUUUGCUGCUGGGGCUAAUUUUGAUGUUGUGAUUUUAUGUGAGCAACAAUGCUUCAAGGUGGCAGUAAACAACCAGCACUUCAUUGAGUUUGCUCAUCGCAUACAGCCACCCACACUUGCUGACACCUUGGCAAUAGAUGGUGAUGUCAGAAUCACGUCAGUCCGUGUACAGUAAAUGAGUCCUAUGGAGCCCCUGUCAGUGCCAUGAAUUGUGUACUGUGCUGUUAAUUGCCAGGAAUGUUGGUUUUAAACUAAAUACGGAAUCCAGGACCAGAACAUUUAGUAAAGCUUAUCCGGAAAAAAUUUGUGCUAGAAAUUCUUUUGAUUUAAAAGGGUUGGCUACAUAAUAUAAUGAGAAGUUUUGGGCUUUUUCUAUCUUCCUGAAGGGAUUUAGAUAUAUUUGGCAAAAUCCCAAUGGAUUCUUGCUAGGGCAGGUUGGCAAUUUGCCCAUGAUUUGCAUAUUCACUGUGACAUAAAUGCUACAAUUUGCUGUGAUGAUAAUCUGUGUAAAAUUAUCCAGGACAUUUGAAAAAAAAAAAGGGUGGGUAAUUUAUUUCCUAUAACUUAUAAGUUA